AUCAUCUUGCCUUACACGAAGUAUCUUUCGUCUGAUCCCGGUCCGCAUGCGAGUCAAGACUCUGUGGACCAUGUUGGAGUGAAUUGAAAUGCUGAGAGGCUCUCACGCUUCUGGAAUCACUCACCAUGGGGAUGCAAGGCCCGCUCGUGGCUCAGGCCCUUGGCCGUUCGCCAUAUGACGAUGUAGUUCAGGGAGAGGGCGAGGAAGAUCCACGGAUGCCAAGGCAGCAGUAUGACCAUGGCGGACGUCCAAUCAACCCUGAUACCGUGAGGAUCAACAGGGAUAUCAUCAGGUCGCACAAUCAGGUCAUGUUCAUCAUCGGUAUUGCUGAACCCGAAAAUCCCGGCCCCGAAAUUGACUCGCAAAGGCGACAUGGGGCCUAUGAGGAGUCGGUUGGGUUGAAGCUGGCGUCAUCAGCUAAGCGUUGUGUGGAGGCCGUUGGGAUCUUUGGUGUCAAUGGCCUGAGAGACCGAAUUCUGAUCUAUAAGCGGUACUCCAAGAUCCCGUUCUGGGAUCUCUAUCAACAGGCACGACGGGACUUUUCUGUAUCCAGAGACAUCCUUCCGGGUGCCCCCGCAAACCUGCUGUCGAAUUACAUCGAGUUCUCGGUUGCCCGACUAUGGCUUGGCGAACAAGAAAAAUUGACUGCUAGGCGUUGUAAAUGGCUCCCCAGCCCGUCCUGGUUUAUCCCCUUUUCUGAAGAGUCGCCGAUUGUCGCUCCGCCGCCGCUCGAGAGUCUUGGCCUAUCAUCCAUCCUGCAAUGGGUGGGUGGUCUUCUCAUAUCCAAUGCCCCAUUCAUCGUCUUCGUCGUGACUCAGCGAAUGGUUCCAUCGCCGGUUGCGCCUGUGGAUAGCCAGCUGCCAAGCGAUGCGAGUGGCGUGGAGGUUGCUCGUCGGCCGAGCAUAUUCUCGGCCAGAGGCGAUGACUUUGACAGCGAUGAAGAGGACAAUGAUGUAAUAAGGGCUACUCUUAUCAGCUUUGACGUGGAAGCGACCGAGUCGACGGAUGCCCCUCAGGGGCUCUGGAGUGCAGAGCUACGGCCAAGUGUUGCUAAUACGGACUCAAGAGGGUCUACAGCUUUCCAGCCCACAUACCUGGAUACGCUUCUCACCCAGAUUCCCGCGCUGCUGGCGUCUCAUAUGCUUGCCAACUCCAUGACACGCUUAUUGAUGACGCCAUAUGAUGCGACCGCUCUACGUCUGGUGGCACGGGCUUUCUGCGUGAGGAAAGGCCUGCCCUUGGACGACAUAUUAGAAACAAAUCUUCUCAGUGGUUUCACGUGGACAACGGCAAUGAACUAUCUGGGGACCGAGUUCUUCCACCUUCUCCUGACUACGGAGGUCUGGGCAGUGUUCACAGGUCUUUCUCAGUGGUAUCACUUCACUGAAGAAGAAUGGGCGGCUGAAGAAGCAAAGAACUAG